GAUGGUGAUGUCACUCGCUGUCACUCCCUCCCCCGGUGACAUGAUGGCCGCCGGCGGGAGACGGCAGCAGCAGCGGCGGCUCCUCAACACCUGUUUCCUCUGGUUUGUCGGCCUGAGCGGCGCCGCGGCCCGACUCCAUCAUCUGACACUGAAGGGGGACACGAGAUCGAAAGUUCACCUGAACACGUUUGGUUUUUAUGCCAAUGGGACCCUGGAAGUCAAUCUGACGAGUCUUGUGUUGAAAACGGACAUCGAUUUCAAAAAAAUAACUAUCGGGUUCAGCCUUUCCAAGUCCAAGACCGACGGCGUGUCAACCUAUACGGUAGAUGAAUCGGACACGUGUGUCCUGGAAAAGUACAAUAAAUCCACAAGGGAAUCUCUCACUCUCUUCAAGUUUGAUCUGAAUACGAAUCAAGUCUCCGUGAAGAAGUUUGGCGAGCAAAGGCAGCUGCUGAUCGAUGGCACAGACAAGGUGCGUGAUGUGCCGUCCCAGACAGAGUCGGCCAAACCGGUGAUCGGUGCCGAUAAACAGAAGAAUAAACUGCCCGCGAAAUCCCAAAAUGGUACUGCCGGGAAUCCGUCCAAAACUCCAGAGAAAAGCAGAAGGAAACGGGAGCAAAGUUCGAUCGAGAGCAACAAGACUGACAGCCAGAGCAACACAGUGAAGAAACAAAUCGGGAGCAACGACCAGGUCAAAGCCAAACAGGGCAAGAAGACUGAAGACGCGAAGAUGGAAACCUUUUAUCCACUCGGGAAAAUGAACGAUUCCUACAACUUUAACUUCUUUGUGAAGGUGAUGUCCACGAAGGAGCAAGGCCUGUAUACCCUGAGCUUUCACAACUGCUACAACGCAGCCCCGGGAAAGCAAGGUGCGGUGGUGUUCGAUAUGAAGAUUGAUAUAAGAGCGAGGAAUCCUAAGAACUUCCUGUCAGCCGGGGAAAUGCCGCUGCCUCUGUUGUACAUGGUCAUGUCUGGCUUCUUCUUCACUGCGGCUGUAUACUGGGUUUACUUGCUCCUGAAGUACAGGUUCAGUGUCUUUAAAAUCCACUGGCUGAUGGCUUCACUUGCGUUCACCAAGACUGUUUCCAUCCUGUUCCACGCUAUAAACUACCAUUUCAUUGCUGUUCGAGGGUAUGCCAUUGAAGGCUGGGCUGUGAUGUACUACAUCACUCAUCUGUUGAAAGGCGCUCUGCUCUUCAUCACUUUGGCUCUAAUCGGCACUGGCUGGGCAUUCGUCAAGUACAUUCUGUCAGACAAGGACAAGAAGAUCUUCAUGAUAGUCAUUCCUCUCCAGGUAUUGGCGAAUACAGCUUAUAUAAUCAUCGAGUCAACAGAGGAAGGGACCAGUGAUUACGCCUUGUGGAAGGAGACCUUGUUUCUGGUGGACCUGAUCUGCUGUGGGGCCAUCCUGUUUCCUGUCGUGUGGUCGAUCAGACACUUGCAAGAGGCGUCCAGUACGGAUGGUAAAGCUGCUAUGAGCCUGGCCAAGCUGAAACUCUUCAGACAUUUUUAUGUUAUGAUUGUUUGUUACAUCUACUUCACCAGGAUCAUCGCCAUUCUCCUCAAAUUCACCGUCCCAUUCGAGUGGCAGUGGCUGUACAGUCUCCUUGUAGAGGUGUCCACACUGGUGUUCUUUAUCUUAACCGGCUACAAGUUCCGGCCGGCCUGCAAUAACCCUUACCUGCAGCUGCCACUAGACGAGGAAGAUAUUACAAUGGAUGAGGUAUUGACUGAGUCGGGUUUGCUGGAAAAUGUGACCAAAUUGAAGAAAACUAGCAAUGGGAGAGACAAACUGCGGGAUACCUCUUUAUGAAGCCGCCGUAUUCUGUCUCUCUGCGUGUGAGUGAGUGUGUGUGAGUGUGAAUGAAGUAAAAACCUUUCCCAGAACCCAGCCACUGCACCCCGAAGCUGUGGAACUCUCUCCCUC